AUGACUGAAAAUAUACGGUCAAUAAACAAUAGUGUUCUUACUACUAGAGGUAGUCAGAGAAUUGAAUCUCGAAAUUUUGAUGACCUUUCCGCCGAGAAAUCACCAUCUUUAGUAAGCAAAAAUGGAACGCUGCGCAAUAAGCGUAUUCAAGAAGAAUUUCCGUUAAAGUCAGGAGAUCUUGCCGAGACUAUCGGAUCAUUCACUGAUCCCAAGUGCGUAGAUAAAUCUCUUGUGUUUAAUAAAGUUAAAAGUUUUCGAGAUGUAAACCAGUUGGAUGCCGGCUUAACGUUAAAAAACUCGCACAAGUUUGCGAAUAAUGCUCGCGAUCCUAAUGUCAUCGAAAGUAAACGGCGCCAAGGACGGCUUCUUCUUGUUUCUCUUCUCGAGGAUUUCUGUUCUUUAUAUGAUUCUAAUCCAGAAAAAAAUCACAAAUUGUUUUACGCGAUCUGCAAGUCCCUGAGCGCUAUGGGUAUUAUCGAUGAAGAGGUUAGCUCCCGAAAUCACACCGAUAAACACGAGAAUUUCUUUCAUGGAACAAAAGAUUUAACAUUUUUCAAAUUUCUGAAGUAUAUUGAUGAAGUCUCUACCGUUCGAUUUACUUACUAUCGUGCAUUCAAAGCUUUGGUCGUUCAGGCUUUGAAUUCGAUCAAGCGAGAACAAUCAUCCGUGGAGUCUCAUAUGAUCGUAUCUUCGGUUUCCGAAGCAGGCUCUAAUAAAAUUGACAACGAUUUAGAUAAUGUCAAAAAUCUCACUUUCGGAGAUAUACUAGAUCUCCAGAAUAGUCGUUACAGUAACGAUUUUGUUGAGAUAAAAUUACUGGGUAAAGGUGGAUUUGCAAGCGUAUGGCAGGCCAAAAAUAAAUUGGAUGGAGUCGAUUAUGCCAUUAAAAAGAUUAGGCUUCGAGGUGAUAAAAUUCCUGGAGAAAAGGAAAAGAUCUUUCGAGAAAUCAAAUUCCUUGCUCGAUUAGAACAUACAAACGUCAUUAGGUAUUAUAGCUCUUGGCUAGAGCAUGUUUAUAAUAGACAACGAGAAGAAUCCUCCAAAGAAUCAUGCGAGAGCCUCUUGGAUACGAAUAGUUCUCGAGAGUUCGAGUCCAGCAGUAGUGGUAGUUUGGUUAAUUCAAAUGACGAUUCGGAUAUUUUUAGGAUGUCCUUUUCAGAUGAAGAGUCCAAAUCAGACGAAUACAGCGGGGUCGAUUUUGUUGGUGAAGACUUUUCAGCUGUUGGUGGAUUGCAUUUGGAACCAUCAGCGAAUGCGCAGUCACAAAGUUGUAAUAACUUUUCCCACGAGUCACAUAACAGUUCUGGUGAAUGUAAGGUUGAAUCUCUGAAUAUUGAAAAGGAUUGGACCCUUUUCAUUCAGAUGCAACUUUGCCAUACCACACUAUAUGAUUACUUGAAACAUCGUGAUGUUGGUCUACUGACAAAGAAAGAUCCCUUGAACGCUAUAAAUCGUCGGGUUAGCAUCGAGUUAUUCAGAGGAAUUGUUCGCGGCGUAGCUUAUAUUCAUGAGCAAGGUUUGAUUCAUCGAGACCUUAAACCCGGGAAUAUUUUUAUGGAUGUAAUUCACGAAUCAGGACAAGAUAGUGCUGAUAGUUUAUCAUUAGCCGCAGAGCGGCUGGUACCCAAAAUCGGUGACUUUGGAUUGGUGACCGCCGUAAUCGACGAUCACCUUGAUCUCCCGACGGAAAGUUACACGAAAUCGAAAGUAUUCAAUUUUGGCAGUGCUCCUGAAGGUUCAAGUAGCAAGAAACAUAUAAUUAAUGGUAGAUCAAGUUCUUCCUUAUCUUAUGGUUCUAGAUCAAGAACUACUGGAGUUGGUACGAUCACGUAUGCUUCUCCUGAGCAACUUGCCAAGCCGGUUAGGCCUUACAACGAAAAGGUUGAUAUAUAUUCACUAGGCAUAAUAUUCUUUGAACUGCAUUAUCCUUUUUCCACCGGUCACGAGCGCAUUCAGGUCCUAAAGGAUUUAAGAAACGGGAUUUUGCCUGAUGAAUUUGUUCAACGUUUUCCCAAAGAGGCAGCAUUUAUUUUGUGGAUGGUCGCUGAAGAUCCGGACCAAAGACCCAACGCCAAACAAAUAUUGGAAUUCGAAUUGUUAGCCGAGCCCAUUCAUGGAGAACAAGAAAUGCAAAAUAAACUUGUGAAGAGUACGCAAGUAAUAGAUUCCAUUAAGAAAGAAAAUGAGAUCUUGAAAAGGAAAAUCGCGGAAUUGGAAGAGAAGUUGAGUAUGCUAGCUAAAGUUAUUCCGGCGACGAUGCCAUCUCUUCAUGGUAUUUGUCUUCGUCAGGAGGGUUGA